UAAUUGGACAAUAUCGUGUAGAAUCCUACUAACAAGCUUUGUCAAUUGUCAUCACUGUCAAAAACUAUAGCUAAAGCAGUUUUCCUGAGCCAAGGUCAGGGAUGCGAUCACGAUAUCACCGUUGAGACAUGUCUGAUAAUAUGCCGUCGGCUCAUUGGUUCGUUAUUAUUUAAAGCCCAAUAUCUAUGAUCGGCGGAAUUUCAGUGGCCGUCACUCAUCUGAACUGGCUUCCUUGGUGACACGACAAGGAUAUAAUGGCUUCGCUUCCUUUCCUUCCGCCCCUAUCCAAAUUGUGCUCCCCUCUUGCCCCCCUUCCUCGCCGCCUUUCUCGACGUAUCUCUUCCUUUCCCUCGCCUACUUUCACACCCGGCAUCAGCCCCUUCCUCUCCAAAUCCUUCGUCAUCCGUUUUGCUCUAUCUGAGUCCGAUACUCCCAAAUCCUUAGGACCUGACCCUCAAUCUCUCCUCCAAGAAAUCGCUGACAGUUUCGAUCUUUCUUCGGAUUAUUUUGCUCAGCUUCCACGCGAUCUUCGAUUAGAUCUCAACGAUGCCGCUUUUGACCUUUCGAACGGACCUAUCAUGGAUGAGUGUGGCCAAGAGCUUGGAGAGAUAUUACUUAACCUUUCUCGGGCAUGGGAACUUGCUGACACAUCAAAUUCCCACUCCUUGGUUAGCAAGCUACCUUUGUUGGCGGACACUUUGACAGGCAAGACCAGAUCAGCACUUGGCAAGCGAUUGUUGUCUGCUGGAAGAAGGUUUCAGUCUAUGGGAAAAUAUGGCCAAGGUGAGCCAGAAAAGAUUGCAAGAGCGAUGAUUACAGCUGGGAGGAAUCUAUGUGACACUUCCACAUCUGCAAUAACAGGUGAACCACCGAAGGAGCAAGCUAGAAUGCUGAAGUUUGGAGAAUUGCAGGUUGAAUUAACACCAAAUAAAGCCAAUAUUGGAGCGGCAAUUGGUUUUGUUUUUGGGGUUCUUUCAUGGGAAAUAGCCCAGGGAAUUCAAAGCAUUCCUGAGAGUUCUUUGCAGUAUGCAAAUGAGAAUGCUUUGCUGCUAGCUAAGUCUUUGAGGGGGGCAGUGCUUGCUCUUUUCUACUCGUCAACGUUCUUGUCUGCAUUUACUUCAGUGGGACUUGUCCUCCUCGGGAUCCAGAUCAAAUCCAAGAAAGAUUGAGUUUAUUGGGGAGUCCUUCCCAGUUUUGCUUGUGAAUGAUGUUGUAUGUGCAUAGCUUAUCGUGAGAAGUACAUGCCAUCAUAGUGAAGGACCAGACUUCGUCUCAUGGUCCCAGUAUGUUGUCCACCCAGUCACAGUAUAUAAUAAUUGUGGGACAUACAUAUUAUAUAUGGCACGUGACCAGUUUGGCGCU